GCGACCACGAUGAGCAAGAAUAUACUCGACCCGUCUGCGCUCAUUUCUGCGCUGCAGAAUGUACUUCCCCCGACAAGGAAGAGGCUUGAGUCGCCACAGGAUGGCCUCGCAGCGCUGAUUCAUACUGUCAUGGUCUCCCUCGGCUUCCGCCUGGUCGGUGUAGACGAAUCGUCGCCUGCGCGUUCCAUUCUGAACAGUGUCCUUCCCGACGAAUGGAACCAGCAUGGGCCUGGAAACUACACAUUCAGAUACAAACAUGAACAGAGCAGCCUUGAGUUCGUGGUGAAGGUGGUGAAGCUGGGCUCACGCACGCUGAUCAACUCGAUCGCUGUAGAGAGCGACAAGGCAGCUACGCUCGACAUUUCUACAAAUGACUUCGUAUCACCGUCGUUCUUCCCGCACGACGCCACAGCUGCUGAUGCUCAGCCUCUUGUACAUGGCUUCAUUUCUUCAAAUCGAGUUGCCGACCUCGUGUCGCAGUUUCAACUCACCACAGUACAAAAACUGAUUCCCGGUUUGCGCAAGGAGGGUUACACAGAGCAGUCAACUGACUCGUCCACUAACGCUGGAGGUAGCCAGCCAAGAGCGGAAGCUCCGCCUCCAGCUCGCUCCAGUCUCGUUGAGCCUCCUUAUGGGCCUGACCGCUCGCGACUGUACAACCCUCCUCAGGGAAUACCAGCCAUUGGUAGGCGCGACCUUGAUCCCAUUCCUCACAACCCAUUCGCGCCUCCCCCGCUCUUCCCAGGCAAUGCUGGGGACGGCAUGUACGUUGGGCCCAACCACCCUAUCUUCGGUGGUGGAUUCAGGGGUCCUAAUUUCCCUGGUGGAAGAGGACCGUGGGGCGGGGACGGAUUCCUCCCGCCAAUGGGUGCACCACCCGGAGCGCGGUUCGACCCUGUUGGUCCGGGUCUUGGACCGUUCCCUGGUGGUCCAUUACCUGGUAGAGGACCACUCGGUGGACCUAGGGGCAUGCCGGGAGGAGGAAGCAUGAAUGACCCGGAUAAUGAUGAAGCAAUGCCUCCGGGAGCAGGGGAUAUGUACAUGUGAGGGGCGCAGUAAUGCUUACGAGACGAGAGAAGAGUACUAGUCGUUGUAUUUGUACCGAGAUUGCACCUGUGUAUGCCGCGAACAAGCCUUGACCAUCAC